UCCCUUAAACUCAACAAGUGUGCCCAUUACAUAUGUCCCAAACUAACAAAAGAUUGAUCCAAAGUCCAAACCAUUGACCGCCCUAAAAGAUGAAGACCUUCAAAACUUCCAUUCUCCAGGAGAAAAAGUAACACGCAAACCCACAUCAAGUUUGUAUAACCAUGGAUUACUCCUACACACAAACCCCUCAACCUGACCCUAACCAAUACCAGCACCCAUACCAAUCUCAACCUCAACAACCACCACCACCAUAUGACCCUUCAACAAUUCAACCCUAUGAUCCUCACUCAUACUAUUAUUCCUAUGAUCCAAACCACCACUACCAAUAUUUCAAUCCCACAUCCCAAGAUUACACCACUAACCCCCAAUUGUACCAAGAACCCACUUCGAUUCAUCCUCCCGGCGUCCCGAUUCCGGCGCCUCCGCCGCAGCCGGCGGAUUCCGACGCCGCCCAGUUGCAGAAUGCGUAUUAUGGACAUGGGGUUGUGGAGAAUCAGCACCAGCAGCCAAUCAAUUCGGGUUCGGCUUCGGGUCAGGCAGCGGUUUCGGAGAUAACCCAGAUUCCGGGGAAGGUGGAGGUGGCGCAGGUAGCCUCGCAACCACCGAUUGGGCAAACUCCAUAUAGAGGUGGAGGAAGGAGGGGCAAUAGGCCCUUCCGAGGGGGUGGUCGGGGCCAUUUGGGUUACCAUGGUCAUGGACCAGAUGGCUCGGCACCACCUUUGCAUGGUAGGGGACGUGGCCAGGGUGGUGGUAGGCACUUUCAACUGUAUGGUGCUGCAUCGAGCAAUCCAAAUUCAGCAUCUGUACCAGCUGAAGGCGCAGCUUCUUUAAAGCAGUCGCCUUCAGCAUUGGUCCCUUUGCAGGCACCAUUACCUGUACCAACACAAGUGUCUUCUGCUUCAUUCUGGCGACUUCCUCGUAUGGCUUGGUGUGAACUUUGUAGGGUUGACUGCAACACUCUUGAAACCCUUGAGCAGCAUAAAAAUGGAAAGCGGCAUAAAAAAAUUCUGCAGGUUCAUGAGGAGUUGCAGAAACACAACAAAGUCAAUACUGAACAGCAGAAUGCACAAAUGCCCAACAAUGAAUUAAAACCAGAAGUUGGUCAGACUGAGAAAGUUGACGGAUCUGAGGAAAAGCAACCCUCAGAAGAAAAACUGACCUCAGAAGAAGUUACUGAUGAUAAUAGAAAUGAAACAGAUCAAAGAGAAGCAGUGGGAAAUUCUGAAGCUUCUGAAGAACCUGAGAACAAGUCCAGGGAUCACUUUGCAGCUCGGGGACGUGGAUUCAAGCGUAGGAUGCGAGGGGGUCGAGGGGCUAAGUAUAUGAGGACAUAUGAAGGAUCAAGAAGACUAGUUGAGCCUCCUAAACCCAAAGUGAUUCCUUUCAUAUGUGAAUUGUGCAAUGUCAAGUGUGAGUCACAGGUGGUUUUUGAUAGUCAUUUGAGUGGUAAAAAGCACCUAGCAACCCUCAAGAGGUUUCAAAGCCACCGAGCUUUGUAUGGAGAACAGGGACUUCAAGCACUUUACCCACCUAACUUAACUGCUGCGUCAACUUCAGUCACCCCUCAUGUAGAGCAAGCCACCCCACAUGUAGAGCAAGUCGCCCCUCCUCAUGUACAGCAAGUUAGCCCUCCUCGUGUACAGCAAGGUGUCAUUGAUCCGCAGGUCUUCUUGGCGCAAGUCCAGCAAGGUGGCAAUGAUCCUGAGGUCCUGUUGGGCAAACUAUUGAUGUCUUAUAUGCUCUCUAAAACCCAAGCACAAGAAAUAGCACCCGCUCCAGGGCCUACAUCUACCGUGGCCACAGCUCCAGGAACAAAUAUUGCAACUCAAAAUCAACUGCAGUCACAUAUCCAAGGAUUACUAGCGAUGUGUCAAAAUGGGUUCCAAAAUGCAGUUAUGGUGGGCGCCAAAAGUCAGCCGCAAUCUGGCACCUUGAAUUCUGAAGCCCCAGCAGCCGGAAACAGAGACACAAACACUGGGAACGGAACUUUGCAGAUUCAUGCAAAGGAGGAAAGUGUUCCUAAAAAUGAUUCAGUUGUGGCGCCAGCAGAGAACGCAGGCCCAAGCAAGCAAGUUUCUGAAAAAGCAUCACUUGAAGAAUGUGAAGUUGCCUCGGCCUCCAGUUCAGCCAGAACCUGAAUUCCAAAUGCAAGGGCCAGAGUCCAAGAAAGAGUAGCCAACUGAAUAGAUCCAGUUGCAUAUUUUAUUUUGGAGAAACCACUGGACUAGCAAGGUUCUAAGCUAGACCUUUCAUUCUUUCAAUGACCCCAGUAAGAUGUAUUCAUUU